UGUCUUCUUUGUUAUCAAAAGAUAAUAGUUUAUGUGUCUGUGUGCAACAUUUGCUUUUGAUCCAUUCAUCGCGUACAUGUUGGCUCUUCUUUACAUUUCGGUGGGGGUUUUUUUCGAGUCAAGAGUUACAAGUUUAGAUUACUUAUCGGUUCCUCUUCGAGAGAAAUCAACAAACAUGUAGUGUGUGUAUGACGUUCAACAAUUGAAUAAGCAAUACUGAUCACGUACACACACAUAUACACUACGUAGAUAUGGCUUAAAUCCGGUGAACCAUUGCCUAGGAACAGAACAUACAUUGUAUUCAAAUGCAAUCAUAUUUGUUCAUGUUUUACGUGUCUCUUUCGUACGAAAUGCCAAUAUUUAGGCCAUAAACUCUUCGCUCGACUUAAAAACUCACGUAGAUACGGGCUAGAGAGAGCGAGAGAGCAAGAGGCGAAGAAAGCAAAAGGAGGAAAAAAAAAAUCAAAAGUGAUCAUUUGUCAAUAUGUGCAAAAGAAUUAAUUAAAUUGGAAACAGUCCUGGCCAGAAAGCGUGACGGCGUGCGUCUACGCGAGAACUCCCAUAAAGAAUAUAUACAUAUGUAAAUAUUCACCGUGUCGGUCGUUUGUUGGCAUUUGCAUUCGCUCCUAAUUCGAUCUCGUGCAAGAUUUUCAAAUUUAGUUUAUUUAUAUUGAAUUCGGUGUGUUAAUGUGAGUGGCGGUGAUCAAGCGCGCGCUCAUUUGAAUUACGUGCUUGCAUCGUAAAUAACUACAUCAUUUAUUUAAUUAGUUGCCACACAGUUGAACGCACAGCACCGUGUGAAACAAACACAAACAGAAAAAUAAACCGAGAACGAUCAAAAGAAAUCAUGGCUCUGGAAUCGAUUCGUUAUAGCAAUGGGAAAUUGGACAUAUUGGAUCAGUUAUUGUUGCCCGCGCAAAAUAAGUAUUUGUCGGUGAAAGGUGUCGAAGAUGGGUGGAAAGUGAUAAAUCGGAUGCAGGUUAGAGGUGCACCGGCUAUUGCCAUUGUCGGUUGCUUAUCGUUAGCAGUCGAAUUAUUUAGCGAACAGUUUAGUGAUAAGAAGUCUUUGCGUCAGGAAAUCGAAGGAAAACUCAAUUAUUUGGUGUCAGCACGACCAACAGCGGUUAAUAUGAAAAUUGCGGCCGAUGAGCUAAUAAAAUUUGCAAAUGAGUUGGCAACCAAUGAAAGCGUCAAUGUGGACGAAAUGAAGCGAAAAUUCCUUGAUACCACAGAAGCAAUGCUGCGAAAAGAUAUCGAAGAUAAUAAGGCGAUCGGCACAAAUGGAGCCAAAGCAAUUCUACAAAAUACAGACGGAAUGGUCCGUGUGUUGACACAUUGCAACACCGGUUCACUUGCGACGGCUGGUUAUGGCACGGCUUUGGGUGUCGUUCGUACAUUAUUUGAGCUCAAUCGCUUGGAGCAUAUUUAUUGUACUGAAACGAGACCAUAUAACCAAGGGGCUCGGUUGACAGCAUUUGAAUUGGUCCACGAUAAAUUGCCGGCUACGUUGAUUAUCGACAGCAUGGUCGCUGCGCUGAUGCAGAAAAAGAAUAUCGCAGCAGUUGUGGUUGGUGCGGAUCGUGUAGUAGCCAAUGGUGAUACCGCCAAUAAAAUUGGCACUUAUCAAAUUGCCGUUGUAGCCAAAUAUCAUAAUGUUCCAUUCUAUAUUGCUGCUCCGUUGACGUCAAUCGACUUGAAAAUCUCCAGCGGCGAACAAAUUGUUAUCGAAGAGCGUCCAGAUCGUGAAAUGACUCAUGUGGGUGAGCAUCGAAUCGCUGCCCAAGGUAUUAAAUGCUGGAAUCCAGCAUUUGAUGUGACACCAGCCCAUCUGAUUACCGGCAUUAUAACGGAAAUGGGUGUCUUCAAACCACAAGAAAUACGGCAAAAAGUUAGCGAAAUCCUUCAAACGGAAAAAAAUGGCCAAUAACUAGUAUUGCAUAUCAAAUCCAUCGAGAUGUAAAACACCAAUUUUCUAACAAAUGUAUACACAAUUAUUCGUGCUUUAAGUGAAACUUAACCAAAAACAAAGGAGCAACAACAACAACAAAAAGUAUCAAGGCAAAUGUCAAAUAAAUGGUGCCAAUUUUUUCUAAGCAAACCCUAUAAAA